UUUUUCACCUUCUAAUCUGUGACAACCUCAGGGACGGAGAUGAUGGGGGAGUGUAGAAACAUUCUACGUGCUACGAUUCUGGGGGGAUUGCAUGCUCACCUGUGCUGCUGAGUUUGCCACGCUGACCAAACAGGAAAUGAAAUUUAAAAGUUCCCGGGGCUUUACCUGUGGACCUGGCUAGUGCAUCAGAAUUCAAAGUGCUGUCCAGAGCAGUCAUAAUGGAGCACUCUCGGAUAGCUCCCGGUGGCCAAUAUCGUCGAUCUACAUCCACACUACCCCAAAUUUGACUCAGCAAAGUCGAUUUUAACGCUGUUCCCCUCGCCGGGGAGGAGUACAGAAGUCGAUUUUGAGAGCCCUUUAGGUCAACGAAACGGGGUUGGUCGUGUGGACACAAUCAUUUUUAAUUCGACCUAACACUAUAGUGUAGACCAGGCCUUACUCUGACAUAGGUUAGUUCCAUAUUAGCCUACUGGAUCCUGAGGACAGUUGGGGCUAGUGCAGAAGAGGGGCACAGGGAGCUCUGUAUUCAUUCCAUGGUGGGAGAUGCGUGGGGAAGCGGGAGCUCAUGCAAAUAAUUCUUUCUCCCCUCUCUCCAGGAAUCAGGGAAGUUAAUGGAAUCCUGCAGUUGCAAUAACUAUCAGGCAUCUGCUGCAAAAUAUGGUGUGGAAAAUCAGGCAAAAUAUCAGAAACUUUAAAAAAGCUCUCACCAUUGUGGGCUGGGUGGCACUCCAUGGGUUUCCCCUUCUUGGACACAGAGUUUUGACAGCCAGUAGAGGGGACUUUGUAUUUUCUGCUGAUCGUCUGAUCAGACUUGUGGUUGAAGAGGGAUUAAAUCAGCUACCAUAUACAGAAUGCACAGUGACCACUCCAACAGGGUACAAGUAUGAAGGAGUGAAAUUUGAGAAGGGAAACUGUGGAGUCAGCAUCAUGAGAAGUGGAGAGGCAAUGGAACAAGGCUUACGGGAUUGCUGCAGAUCCAUCCGAAUAGGAAAAAUCCUGAUACAGAGCGACGAAGAGACUCAGAGAGCCAAAGUGUACUAUGCCAAGUUUCCACCAGACAUUUACAGGAGAAAAGUUCUUCUCAUGUACCCAAUACUGAGCACCGGCAAUACUGUCAUUGAAGCUGUAAAAGUUCUUAUAGAACAUGGCGUUCAACCAAGUGUCAUUAUCCUACUAAGCCUAUUCUCCACACCUCAUGGUGCCAAAUCUAUCAUCCAGGAGUUCCCAGAGAUCACAAUUUUAACUACAGAAGUUCAUCCUGUUGCACCAACACACUUUGGACAGAAGUAUUUUGGAACGGACUGAGACACUUAACACAGAUUGGUUAUGUCAAUACGUUGCUGUAUGAUAUUACAAUGGUGUUUUUUCUACGUUUUAUUAUUUGUAGCAGGGCUGGCUGCAGGCAUAUUUAAAAUCUUUUUUGGCCAGAGGGGAAAAAUAUUUCAUCUACAUUCAUUUUUGGUUACUUUCUGAAAAUUGAAUCAGAUGCAAUAAUGAAGCACAUUCAAUUAUUAUAAACUAAAGGCCCUUUUAUGUGCUUUUGGAAAUUGCUACUCAGUGCUUUAACUUAUUUAUUCUUUCAUAACUCUGUUCUGUAGCUAUUUGCAAUAGCAAAAUAAAAUGAUCCUGUAAAGCA